UGUGCGACUGUUUUCAUUGCUCAUGCUUUACAACUGUAGGGAAGAAAAAUGUUUAGUAUGAUAAUCUUUGUUAAUCUGUAAUUUAAACAACGGAAGUGAGAAGCAGGUCUUUACAUUCGGAUUAACUCCAGCUCUGCGAUUUAGUCCUCGUUUAUUUAUUCACUUGAGUUGGACUUGAGUUCUCACUUUUUGUAAAACAAUAGUGAAGUUCUGUUGAAUGUUAAAAUAGGGAGUAGAAUCAGGGUGAAAGUGAGAUCAUUAUGGACUUGACACUGGAUAUAGAAAGGUCACUCACUGCCAAUUAAUUUUAUGCAUGGCGUAUUGUUAACUGGUGAUCAGUUCAAUGCCUUACACAUGGACAUGGAUGGACAAUAUUUAUCCAUGGAGGCGGUGUUCACAGAUUUACAGUCUGGCCUCGUUCCUGCUAUGAGCACCGAGGAGCUCGCAAGUCAGAUUUCAGCAGCCGUAAACCAUUCUUUAAACAUUUUGCUACAAUCUCCACAAAGCAUAACAAAUAAGGACAUAGAAGUGACUGGCAUGUUCCUUACACUCGCUGGAAAAAUCAUCUGCAUGCUGUCUUCAAAAAAUCUGCUACGAGAUGUCAGCAUGUUCUGUGAAGAGGUCCUGAAGAGACUCUUUGGAGCCUCUAAUAUGGUGGCUCACCUUGUACGUCUGAUGAACUGCCAGGACAGGAUGUUGUCUCAUUUAGCUGCCAAAUGUAUGGCUUCGUUUGUCAUAUAUGAUGUCAGUAACAAUAUUGGUAGCAACCACAUGUGGAAGACUGCUUUCACAGAAACAUUUCAGAGUACGGCUCCGAGCAGUGCCCUAGACACACACCUCUGGGCCCUAACGGAAAUAAUUAAGGGGAUACUGAAGUUAGACUACGUUAACAAGCGAGAAAUUUUGAUGAAACUUCUUGCUGAUUUGGAGUCAUCCAUCUCUUCUUUGUAUCCCAGACUGCUCUUCCAAGUUAAUCCUAAACAAACUUAUGUUUCAAGAAAUGACACAGUCGAGUUAGAACUGAGUGUAUGUGCACUUCUGGACCUUGUCGAAGUCCUCAAUGCGGCGAGGUUGUGGCAUGGCCUGUGCUCAUUCAUUCAGAGACUGGCGUUCCUUCAAACUUCAGCACUCCUCCACGUGACGCUCUCUGACAUGAAGGAAUUUGUAAAGAAGCGAGCAUUGCUUUUACUAAAGCGGAUUCUCAUUCAGAAAGCAGGGGAAGAAUGGGGUUUUGGCGAAAGUCACUCUAAAGAGCGUGAUGAGGAGUAUUCCACUGACUUGCUCAUGAUGGCUAAUGCUGUGCUCCAGGAAGUGGAAGCUGGUUGGCUUCGUAAGUUCCAUAUCAAAACUCGAGCGAGUUUCUUUGGUGGGAACAAGGUGAAUGUUUCUGAUGGAGAAAUGACCGAUGCUGUGAUGCUCAGGGCUGUGAGCCUGAUUCUGAUCAAGAGCCUGGAGAUUAAAACUCGGCAUGGUUCUACUCAAGGAGCUCACCGUGCCCUUGAUGUUUAUCCUUACCUGAAGGAACUGCUGGGUUUUCUCCAGCAGCACGUGCUUCACAGGAAGGUGGACACGCAUCCCUGCUCCUGGAUCUUAGUAGUGUUUGUGGAUCAGGAUGAUGACCUGAUAGAAUCAGCCAAGGUUUUGAUUACCUUGUAUUUACAUCAGAGAAGUUUAAGUUCCUCAGAGCCUGCAGCAUGUGAGUGGGGCUGUAACCCUCACUGUCACUUUACGCUCCUACUCCGAAGUCUCUCCUUCGACCACACUGUCCUGCUGGAUUUCCUCAUUUCGGAUGAAACCUGCUUCUUGGAGUACUGCGUCCUCUACCUGAAGCACUUACGUGACCAUUGGCAAGACCUCUGUAAUGCAUGUUGUCGUAUCGAAAGCUCUGAGGCAGAGACACAUGUGAUUCCAGUAGUAUCGCAACGUUUUGAUUGCCCUCAGUCUAAAAUUGCUGGAUUAAGGCCAAGUCUAGUGGAUUAUGAGUGCUCCGAGGAUUCUGAGGAUGAAGAAAGAAGCAUGCCAAACUUCCAGAUGAGAAAGAAUGCAGAGGAACAAGAAGCAGAGAUCAACAUGAGAAAAGCAGAACUGACUGCGUCUAGAGCAGCAGAUACGCUGGAGAAAAUGAGCAUGUUAUUCACAGAGGGUCUUUCAGGGAAGGUCAUAUUGUGCCUUACUGAGUUAAGGACUGUUAUCAGCCGACUUCACAGCAGAGGGCUAUUCCCCUACAACCCUAGUUCUCUUCUUAAAUUACUGCUUGCUGUUGAGAGUAAAGGUCAAUUGGAAAACCCAACAUCACUACAACUUAAAUAAUUAAAGUGUUUUCAUGAUGUACAGCAAAACAUUAACUUCAAAGAAGAUGAACUUCCUGCAUAAAAACCCUGUUAACCAGAACAAUUGUUAUACACUUUUUUGUAUUUCAUGAAAUUAAUGUUUUCCAAUGUUGUUUGAGACAUAUUUAAGAAAU